AUUAAGUGACUCUUAGAGGGUUCAGAGUAAACCAUUAGGGACAUGCUCUCCCUUAGCCAAGGUAGAGAAUCCUGUUCCUCACAGCUCUGUCCUCAGAACCUCUGCAAGAUAAGUCUUGAGCCUGAAGCUUCUCUUUACAGACAGUUGAACUAACUAUAGUCCAAGGAGCUUUUAGGAAAAUAGCACAGAGGAGGAUGUGGACUCAGAAGUCUACCAAACCUUGCCUGAAGUCUCAAUAGAAGCAUCGUCUCCUGCUUCUCCAGUCUUCUUACCUGGAGGCAUCUCCACCUGCUCCUUAUGCCUAGAGCUCUUUCCUGAUCCCACCAACUGCCGCUACCUACCCAUAUCUGCUGGGUCUGGUAGACAUUGCAGAAGAAACAAGUGAACAGGGAAUUCUAGCCUCUGCUGAUCUCUUUAAACCUCACAAGGAAAGAGCCGGACCAUCAUGAAACUAAUUUUUUACUUGACCAUCCUAGCUGGGACAGCUUUAUUCACUCACUCUGUGCAGAAAGAGGACCAUGCUCCAUAUAUAGUCUACCUCAAGUCUAACUUCAACCCCUGUGUGGGUGUCCUCAUCAAGCCCAGCUGGGUACUGGCGCCAUCUCACUGCUAUUUACCAAAUCUGAGGGUGAUGUUGGGAAAUCUCAAAAGCAGAAUCCGAGAUGGGACAGAGCAGACAAUUCAACCUGUCCAGAUUAUCCGCUACUGGAACUACAGCCACAGUGCCCCACAGGAUGACCUCAUGCUUAUUAAAUUAGCUAAGCCUGCCACCUUCAACCACAAAGUCCAGGUCCUUCCCAUCGCCACUACCAAUGUCCGGCCAGGCACUGUCUGUACACUUUCAGGUUUGGACUGGAGUGAGAACAACAUUGGCAGGCACCCCGACUUAAGGCAGAAUCUGGAGGCUCCAGUGAUGACUGACAAAGACUGCCAGAAAACUCAACAAGGAAGCAGCCACAGAAACUCCUUAUGUGUCAAAUUUGUGAAAACCUUCAGCCGAAUUUUUGGGGAGGUGGCUGUGGCUACUGUCAUUUGUAAAGGCAAGCUCCAGGGAAUUGAAGUUGGACACUUCAUGGGAGGGGACGUUGGCAUCUAUACCAAUGUUUACACCUAUAUACCAUGGAUUGAGAAAAACAUUAAGGAAAGGGUGAAAUGAUGCCCAGCUUUUCCCUCUGCAUCUCAUUGUCUCUGCCAUUGACUGAAGGAGUUCACAUGUCCCCUAAACUCAAAUAAACUCUCCAAGCAGAAAGAUUGGGAUGCAGCA